AUGCACCCCUCACGCAUGUAUCCCAAGAACACGACGGAGUUUUUGGUCUGGAUGUGGCGGGGACGGGGAUGUUGCUUUUCUCGGGCAAUGUGAACCCGAUCAUAGCAGCUAAUAUAUAAAGGCCUCGCUCAGUGUCUGCGAAAAUAAAACCACAGAAUUCGCCUAGGAACUGUGCUAAUCCUUUCUCCGUCAAGAUGGCAAGUUCAUCCAUUGGAUCGUGGUCCUUUCACCCCCUUGUGACUUCCUUUCCUCCUACCGUGCUCCCCAACGUCGGGUACUGGAACAUCACGAAUGGAACGUGGGAAUACCAAGUGCAGAUUUCCUGGCCAUUGAAUUGGACAUCUACGGAUGUGCAGAGUCAUGUCAACACCUUAUACGUCCUCGACGGCAACGCCCUCGCCGGCACCGCCACCGAAGCCCUCCGCAAGCGUCGCCCCGUCGACUCAACCCAACCCGACACCAUCGUCGUCACCAUCGGCUACCCUUCCCUCCUGCCCGACUCGCCCUACUCCCAGGGCCGGUACUACGACUACCAAAUCCCCGUCUGCGCCAACUGCACCACGCCCACGCUCCCCGGCGUGCCCUCCAACGCUGAAAACUUCCUCAUUUUCCUGGACGGCGUGCUGAGGCCCUGGAUCACGAGCCACGUGUUCGGCGACGGCGUCACCUGGGGCCGUGAUGCAUUGUUCGGCCACAGUUUUGCAGGCUUGUUCGCCGUGUGGGCGUUGAUUGUCCGGCCCGAGUUGUUUGAUGUGUAUCUGAGUGCGAGUCCCUAUUUGAUCUGGAAUGAGGAGUACAUCUUUGAUCUGUUGGGGGCGUUGAAGACACCGAGACCAGAGAAUGCGAAUGGGAAUACCACGCCUCGCCUCCCAGCUCUACAGCUUAGCUACGGCGCCCUGGAGGGGCAUCCGCGGAAGCGCAGGACGGAGACGGAGGCCGAGUUUGAGGAAAGAAGGGCGUUUUUGAGCUCACUCAAGACGGAGACUUUGAUCAAGAGGUUGUUCAAGGAGGUACGGGAUAGUCCGAGGCUGAGGCAUGUCGAGUUGCUCGAGUAUCCGAAUAGUUAUCAUGCGGCGGUGGGUUCGGCGGCGUUGUGCGAUGGGGUGGAUUAUUUUCUGGAUUGGUGAGGGGGAGGUUGACUUGAGUUUCUUGGGGCUUGCGGGGCGGGCCUUGUGUGGUAGAAGGAUUUGGAGGGGCGGCAGGAAAUUAAAGGCAACAUGUACAUUCUUAAGGUCUACUACUUCACCCCAGGUCUCGGAUGAAACCCUGAAUUAGUGGGGGAAGAGAUUCCGUUUCCUACUUAGAAUUGCCUACUCUAUACAACUUGUUACAAAAGCAGAGAAAGAACGCAAGUGGAACUAAGCCUCCUGC